AUGGAUCACAAGGAAGGCAAGCCCUCGGCAGAUGAGACCAACGUGUCCCCCACCACAGAGGACUCUGGGACCCCAGGAAAUGGGGCUUCUGAAGAGGAGGCAGCCAAGGACACAGCUGGGGAGACUGUCAAGGAUGGAUCUCCAGAUGGUGCAGGGAAGUCGGAAAGUACACCAGCUGAGGGGAGCGUCACAGCUGGAUUCCAGGGAGAAGCAAAUGGGCUAGAUGAGGUCAAGGUGAAGUCCAAAGUAGAAGAUACAGCGGAACUUGAAAAGGAAGGUGGUGGGAGUGAAGAGUCAACGGGGGUGUCUCAGGAGAAGACCGAUGAGAAAGGAGAAGCCGAAUCGGAACUCAAGAAGCCUGAGGGUAAAGAGGAGGCCAUGCUAGCCCCUGAGAAACAGAAGUCUGAGGAGAAGGAGGCCAAGCCUGGAUCUGAAACACAGAAGUCUGAGGAGAAGGUGGACAAGCCUGGAUCGAGGGAGGAAGCUGACGUGGAGGACCAGGCAGCCAGGCUGGCCCCUCAGGAGGCGAGUGACCAGCUGGAGCAGCCCGAGCCCAAGCCCGAGGAGGAGGCUGGUGUGAAAGAAGACAAGACUGAACCUCAGCAGACAGCUGUUGUGAAUGACGAGGCUAAAAUUGGACCGCAGGAGGCUGAUGGGAAAGAAGAGACUAAAAAGGAUUCCAAGGAGGAGGUGAGUGAGGAAGGGGAGGAGGAGGAACCUGGUGGUAACAGUGAAAGGCAGGCCCAGGAUGUGGAGCGAGAGCCAGAGGAGGGGGCUCAGGUGGUCCCCAGCUCCCCCGAGGAGUGGCCUGAGAGCCCCACAGAGGAGGGUCAGGGCCUCAGCCCUGAUGAGAUGAGCCGAGACACAGAAGCUUCUGGAGAGACCAGUCCUUCUGCCAGUGAGUCUUCUCCCAGCGAUGUUCCCCAGAGUCCCACAGAGCCCUCUCCCCCAGAGGAGAAGAAGAAGGAGAAGGCCCCUGAGCGCAGGGUGACAGCCCCGACCCGGCCCCGAGGGGUCCGUGCACAGAACCGCAAAGCCAUCGUGGACAAGUUUGGCGGGGCAGCCUCGGGUCCCACAGCCCUGUUCCGGAACACAAAGGCAGCAGGAGUAGCCAUCGGCGGGGUCAAGCAAAUGCUCUUGGAGUGGUGCCGGGCCAUGACCAAGAAAUACGAGCACGUGGACAUCCAGAACUUCUCCUCCAGUUGGAGCAGCGGCAUGGCCUUCUGCGCCCUCAUCCACAAGUUCUUCCCCGACGCCUUCGACUAUGCCGCGCUGGACCCCACGCAGCGCCGGCACAACUUCACCUUGGCGUUCUCCACGGCAGAGAAACUAGCCGACUGCGCCCAGCUGCUGGAGGUGGAUGACAUGGUGCGCCUGGCUGUACCGGACUCUAAAUGCGUGUACACCUACAUCCAGGAGCUGUAUCGCAGCCUCGUGGAGAAGGGACUGGUAAAGACCAAGAAGAAGUGA